CCAGCGGGACGGGACGGGAGAGGCGAGCGGACUGUCGGACGGAAACGCCGGCAGGAGCAAGGGGAGCCAGCGGGGGCAACCGGCACCGCUCCGCGGGAGGAACCUGAACCUGUCCAGCAGCGCCGGAGGCAGCGGAGAGAGCCGCUCCCCUUUCCUCGUUCUCCUCCUCCCUCCUCAAUCCACCCCCGCGACCCUGGUCCUCCUCCUCCUCCUCCUCACCCCACUGGAUACAGCGAGGGAGACACUGCGGCGGAGGCGGCGGCGGCGGCGGCUCCUGCGGGGGGAAGGAAGCGCCCGGAGAGCGGAGCGGCGGGAGGCUGCGGAUCUGCGUGCCUGGCGCCCACCCAGCCCGAGGGGAGCCCCCAGGAUGCGGCUGAAGCCCGGCGCACUCCUGCGCUUCUACAGCCUCUGCGGGAUCCUCGUACAAGUGGCUGCUACAAAGAACAAAGCUAGAGGAAGCCAAGGGCAGUUUCCACUUACACAGAAUGUCACUGUUGUUGAAGGGGGAACAGCAAAUUUGACCUGCAGGGUCGAUCAAAAUGAUAACACCUCCCUCCAGUGGUCAAAUCCAGCUCAACAGACACUGUACUUUGAUGACAAGAAAGCUCUGAGGGACAACAGAAUUGAGCUGGUCCGAGCUUCAUGGCAUGAACUGAGUAUCAGUGUCAGUGAUGUGUCUCUGUCGGAUGAAGGGCAGUACACCUGCUCUUUAUUUACUAUGCCUGUCAAAACGUCCAAGGCUUUUCUUACUGUUCUCGGUGUUCCCGAGAAGCCACAAAUUACUGGAUUUACCUCACCAGUUAUGGAGGGAGAGAGGAUGCAGCUAACUUGCAAGACGUCUGGUAGUAAACCAGCAGCUGAUAUCAGAUGGUUCAAGAAUGACAAAGAAGUUAAAGAUGUUAAAUAUUUAAAAGAAGAAGAUGCAAAUCGUAAAACAUUCACAGUCAGCAGCACAAUGGAUUUCCUAGCAGAUCGCAAUGAUGAUGGUGCAGUUUUAAGUUGCAGAGUAGAUCAUGAGUCCCUAAACUCUACACCUCAGAUAGCAAUGCAGGUUCUAGAAAUACACUAUACACCUUUAGUUAAAAUCAUUUCUUCCAAUUCAUGGCCUGAAGAAGGACAAUCUAUAAUUUUGACUUGUGAAUCCAAAGGAAAACCAGUGCCAGAACCCGUACUGUGGACGAAGGAUGGUGGAGAACUACCAGAUCCUGAGAGAAUGGUUGUCAAUGGCAGGGUCCUAAGCAUCAGUUUCCUAAACAAAACAGACAAUGGCACAUACCGGUGUGAAGCAAAAAAUCCUAUUGGCCGAAAUAGCACAGAAUAUGUCCUGAUAGUACAUGAUGUUUUCAACACUUUGCUUCCCACUACUGUCAUCCCCUCCCUUACCACUGCAACAGUCACAACCACUGUAGCCUUAACAACCAGCACAACAACCGCAACAGCCAUCAGCACCAGAGAUCCAAAUGCUUUGGCUGGACAGACCGGACCUGACCACGCUCUUAUAGGAGGAAUAGUGGCUGUAGUUGUCUUUGUAACACUAUGCUCUAUAAUUCUCCUCGGUCGAUACUUGGCAAGACAUAAAGGAACAUAUUUAACAAAUGAAGCAAAAGGAGCUGAAGAUGCCCCUGAUGCCGACACAGCCAUUAUCAAUGCAGAAGGCAGCCAAGUCAAUGCAGAGGAGAAAAAAGAGUAUUUCAUUUAGAUGCAGAGCUAGAAUCUUGGCGUUUUACUUAUCAGGCUGACUGCUGGAGAAAACUGGCUAUCAUUUCUCAAAAUUCAUUUCUGCCAUCUUCUGCUAUCUUUAUUAACUCACAUACCUGCUAUAAGUAGCCAGUUUAUGCCAACAAUCAGCUGUUGACAUCCUCAUUCUAUAAUUACUGUAUCAUGUGUAAAGCAGGACAUUUCUUACUGCCUAAAAUUCAUAUCCACUGCUCUCUUAACAUACAGUGCUUGAAUAUACAGCCUUAACAAUGUUAAUCAUCAUCUUAAUCCAAGUUUUCUACAUUUUUAAAUGUUAUGCAGCUUUCAUCUUUUUCAGUUUUCUUUUAUCAUGUCCCUAUUAGUAUGUCAUAGAACCAUAUUAAUAACAAAUAGUAUUAGGUAAGGACCUAAUUUACUUACAUAAAAUGUUGAGUCUAAGACUAGAGGUUUAUAAAGAGUGUUUUAUACAUGUCUAUCUGUAAUUCAAAAAGCAACUUGUUUUUGAAACAUACGACUUAGAAAACACAAAAUUAAAUCCUUUUAGUAUAGAGUCUUGUAUGCUUGGAUUUGGUAGAAAAAAAUAUCAAUCCACUGAUUAUUUUUUUGCUUUGUUAUGUUACAUUUUAAAUGGUACCUUGACAACAGUGCCAUGUUGCAGUGAUAAAAACAUGCUGAAUAGGUAUACAGAUUCUGCAAAGUUAGAUAAUAGAGCUUCAUUUGGAUCAAAUUUUUCCCUCCCUAUUACUGCAUUUUGGGUUCACAAAGAUUGGAGAACUUUCUGCAUAUUUUCUGUUUUUAUAAUUUAUUUGCUUCAUAUGAACUCACCUGCCUACUCAAAUUUUAAGUGUUUGUGGGGCACAACUGCAAGGCAUUUUAGUAUCUGUAUAUACUGCAUAUAAUAAAUACAAUUAAACAUUAUUUGAUACAUAUUUAACUUUUUUGGCAGUUGCUAAGUCAGUCACAAGUAAGCAUUUUCUAAUGUCCAUUAUAGCCCUUUAGAUAUGACUCAAAUCAAUAUUCUGAGUAGAUAACAUGUAUUAGUAUUUUUUGUCUGUAUGUCCUAGCACUGUUCAGCAGCAAACUUUUCUAGUUCUUGUUAAUUUUUUCUUUGUUAUACAAUGGAAGCACAAUGUUAUAUGGAAAGGUAGUUUUAAGCUAACAACCAGUGCACAGCCUCAGGUUUUAAAUUACAACCACAUUUGAUUACUAUACUUAAAAAAUAGUAUUGAGUUGCUAAAAUUAUCAAAUUUUAAUUUGGCAGUUCCAGAGCUGCUUCUCUAUGUUGGUUUGCCAAAAAAAAAACCAAAAAAAAAAAGGAAAAAAAAAAGGAAAAAAAAAAGGAAAAAAAUAGAAGAAAAAAUAGAAGUGUUAAAACAAAAGAUAUAUGUUUUGUGUAUACAGUAAAUGGACUAAUUCUUUAUAUUAAAUUCCUGUCUAUGCAUUUUGUGAGGUACAAACUUAUGUCACCGUGAAUGAUAGAGAAUUCCUGCCAUGCUUUUAGCUCCACAGUGAAAGUCUCUGUUUGGAUUAUUUCUGAUUUUUAUUUUAUUUUUUUGUGUAAUUGACAGCUGAAAAAUCACAUGCUCUUAAAUAUGACAACAAAACACUGUAAGCCCAUCGGCUUAUUUCCUCUUCCAAUGAAAUAAAAAGGUUGCUAUAACAGCUCUUGGAAAUGAUUCUACACUGGAGAAUGCAAGUUAGUCUAGCUGGAGCUUGUCUUGCUCCAAAGUUCUGCACCUUUGAUAAAAGAGUAUUUCUCUCUUGUUGCUGUAUUUGUGAAGCUGAAAAGCAUGAUGGUCUGCUGUAAAGGACUUUCUCCUGGGAUUUUAUUUUUGUGUGGGGAAGGGAGAGUUUGGAAUAUAACAUCAUGUAGUAUGGUAAAAUGGAAGAUAAAGGUGCUGUCUCAGAUUAUUUAUCAGAAGAGUAUAAACCUUUUAAGGACAAUAUUAGAGUAUUUUAAUUCUUUUUGUUGAAACAUUUAUCUUGUUUAUUUCUAAGAAAAAAAGGUGACGUCAAUCAAAGCAGCACUUUUUUCAAAAUAUACAGACAUAAAUAAUAUGAUGUGGUUGAGUGUUAACAUAAUAAAUCAUAUACAGUAUGACAUUUUAAAGAAA